CACAAAUCUACAUACCUCAAAAAUGACACGCGCAGAAUUACCAAAUUCGCAAUUAGCCUCAUCGUUAAUGGGUCUGUGAAAGCUUUGGCUUCAGCCAUGUCCGUCACCCACGAAGAAGAAUGAACAUAUGUCGACGCAUGUUGACCGUGCCCGAUUGUGUCGGGCCAUCCUUGCGAUCCUCCCUCCGCUUCCCGUCGCAUCUCUGGCGAAAAUUUGGUACUGAGACUAAUAUCUUCUCAGAUGGAUCUCCGCUGUAGUGAUAGUGAGAUGAUGUUCAAAACUGCUCUUCCCCCCUGUCAUGGGUCUACCUUCAUGUCUUCAACAUCAACUACAUGUUCUCUUGCUGCCUUGCUCAUAUUGCGGGUCUGGAUCUGGAUUGAUAUUUCUGGGAUCGGGAAAACUCGUAAACGACCAUCAUCCGAUUCCUGGACGGAAUUAGUACAACAUGUCUUCGCCCUCAAAACGAAUGAGCUCGACCUUCACAGUAUCUCCUAUCACCCCAGAUUCGUCAUGGCCACCUCUCAACCGCCUCCCUAGACGGCCAGCCAGUCCGGACCUAUCACAAUCUCAUAGCAAUGGCUUUAGGGACUCCUUUACGCUAUGGAAUCGCAGAAGCCGUCACCAGAACCUCCGGGAUGAAAUCCCCAGUAUACCCAUCUCCCCAAAGACCGCUUAUAUUCCAUACGACCCACCACUGUCACAAAGCCCGCCGCCACCAUCACCACCACUAUCUCCUCCAGCAGAUCAUCUCUCCACCUACUCAGUGUCAAUAUACUCGCGACCAUGCUCGACACGGCUGACUGCACUAUCUCCGCCAUCAAUCCCUCCGCGCUCCCUCGGCCGUCAUACAUACCAACACAUCCAACCUCCAUUAUCCCUCGCCAACAUCGACGAAGUCCGCGCCUCGAACACAUCCCGCCUCGACGCUCCCUUCACGCCCAGCAUCCCCGACGACGUCCUUCUGCGUCACACGGGUAAUGCACCACCAACAUACAGCUCGCACGAACCGAGGCGCGUGCCGUACCUCACAGAGAGUCAGAGGAGUAUGGCAGACUUCACGUGCCGGGCGCACGUGGUGCAUCCGCGGAAAUCAAUCUCCGCCUUGGGCAUGACAAGUGGGAUUCUACAUGUCUUUGUGCUGUUCACAAGCUCAACGGUUGUAGGGCUGCUGGGCCAUUCGAUGUCAAUGUACGAUGAGCGGACAUGGCCCCGGGGCACGAGUCUGGUGCCUACGAUUGUGCUACUUGUGGUCGCGCUGCUGGUUUUGGUGGGCAGUGUAGUGUUGUUGGUGCACAGUGUCUGGCGGAUCAGGCAGCGCAAGAUAGUGCUGAUGCUGGGUGUUUUGGGUUUGGUAUGUGCGUGGACGGCUGGGAUAGCGGUGUUUGGGAUUAUGGAUCAGGAUGGGGGAGGGAGUGGGAGUGGGAGUGGGAUUCAGGCGUUGCGGGGCGUUGCGUGUGGGAUUGAUGAUAGGGGAGGGAUGGGUGGGGACGGAAUGUUUGGAUUGGUUUGUACUGAGCAGGAUGUUGCGUUUUGGGUUGCACUUGUGGCUGGCAUUGUAGAGGUUCUGUGUUUGGCGACGGUGGUGGCAGAGUAUUGUGUUGAGUCGACUGCAGGAGGCACAAAGCACUGGCGAGGGCAGCGUUGGCUUUCGCAUUAGCAGUUUGUUAGCAUACACCUACGUACUUAAU